AUGAAUGAAAUGAACGAAAUGAUAUCUGAAUUGAGUCGCCAAGUCCAGGAAUGUAUGGCAUUUUAUUCCAAUGAACUUUCUAUGCGAGACCUUCGCAUUUCUGCACUUGAGAAAGACGUUGCUGAACUAAAAAUUCUCCUUUUGAAUACACCAUCUACACUUGUACAACAAAGUGAACACACUUUUGAUCACAAAGAAAAAGCAUACAAUAAAGACGUAGAUGAUAAAGCUCUUGAUUCGUUGAGCAACUUAUUCCAUACAAAUACUUCUGAUAUUAUCAACAACACAACAUACCCACAUUCCCGUCUUUUAAAGAAACUUCAGAAAUCUUUUAAAAAACUUCAAUUUUAUGUCGAGCCGGGUAUGUCGUAUGUGCAACGAAAAAGCAUUUUUACAAAGAAAACGAUUGGCAAAGAGGCGAUAUACACAACUGGAUUUUGGAGUAGCAAAGAGCACCUAUUUGUGGACCACACCAAGACUUCAGUCGUAUUUAAAAUGACACCAAUUUAUUACUUUGAAGUCACUUUACGAGACAUUUCAAAUCCACAAACUUUCAGUAAUUUGGUUGUGUCAAUGGGAGUCUCAGAAACAAAUUUGAACCUCCCAAGCUGUAAAAAUCAUGUUGGGUGGAUAGAAGGCGGUGUUGGAAUGCACUCGGAUGAUGGAAAGAUAUUUAACAUGAAAGGAAGAGGAGAUGAUAUGGCGGGAAGAUUUAAUGACGGAGAAGUCAUGGGAUGUGGGUAUUUAGCUGAUAAGAAAAUGAUAUUUUUUACAAAGAAUGGGUACUACUUGUUGGCCGUGUCAUACGAAAGAAAGAAAUUCAGACCAACAAUUGUCUGUGAUGGGAUGGGUGAAAUUGAAGUCAAUUGGGGUCUUAGAAAAUUUGAAUUUGAUUUUGAAAACAUUCCUGAAAAAAUUAUUGAAGCAAAUCUUUAA